CACGUGGUGCACGCGGUGUACGGUAUUUCUUCUUACUUGGUCAAGCGAUCCCUUCCCUCUCUUAAAAAUUAUCUUUCGCUUCUUGCGAAGACGCCAAGAAGGCGACUUCUUUGAAUCCCAAGUCGAAUAACCGAGUCUUGGUGGUUUUCUAAUCGACGGAGAAUUUGGAAGCAAAGGGCGGUUUUCCUCCUUGUGUUUCUCGAGAGGGCGGGCGGAGAUCGGCGAUCGGAUGGCGCCCAAGAGCGUGUUGCUGCCGGUGUCCGAUCCCCCGCGGGACGGUGGCGACGAUGAGGGUCUCUUCAAGGGCUCCGCCAUGUCGAAGCGAGGCGCCUACGCCGCUCUCUCCUACAUGGGCUGCUCUGUACUUCUUGUGAUGUUCAACAAAGCAGCCUUGUCUUCAUAUAAUUUCCCCUGUGCUAAUGUUAUAACUCUCUUUCAGAUGAUAACUUCAACAUGCAUUCUUUAUGUGAUGAAACGCUGGAAGAUCAUUUCAUUUACAGUUGGGGAACCAUAUGCUGCAUCUGAUGGAGCAAGCCUUGUACCAAUUGGGACUUUGUUGCAUACUCUUCCACUUUCGUUAGCAUAUUUGCUUUACAUGCUUGCUUCCAUGGAAUCGGUGCGUGGAGUAAAUGUUCCAAUGUAUGCUACCCUUAGACGUACAACUGUGGUAUUUACAAUGAUUGUGGAGUAUCUGUUGACCGGGCAAAAGUACUCAUCUUCUGUUGUUGGCAGUGUGGCAUUGAUUGUUUUUGGAGCAUUUGUUGCUGGAGCUCGGGACUUAUCCUUCAAUGCCUAUGGCUAUUCCAUUGUCUUUAUAGCCAAUUUCACAACUGCAAUUUAUCUUGCAACCAUAGCCCGUGUUGGAAAGUCUAGUGGUCUCAAUAGCUUUGGUCUCAUGUGGUGCAAUGGAUUAGUCUGUGGACCAACUUUGUUCUUCUGGACAUAUAUGCGGGGUGAUUUGGAGCUGGCAAUGAACUUUCCUUAUCUUUAUUCUCCUGGAUUUCAGGCUGUGAUGCUUCUUUCCUGUAUAAUGGCAUUUUUCUUAAACUACUGCAUCUUUUUGAAUACAACCUUGAAUUCUGCAGUCACCCAGACCAUUUGUGGUAAUCUAAAGGAUCUCUUUACCGUUGGAUUUGGCUGGUUAGUGUUUGGUGGACUUCCCUUUGAUCUGCUCAACGUUAUUGGCCAGGGUCUUGGUUUUGUCGGUUCUGGCUUGUAUGCCUACUGCAAACUGAAGGGGAGGUAGUCAUUGAUCAGCUAUUAGCUAUUUAUUGUGAAAGUUUCCCAAUAUGGAGUUUCACGUUGCCUUAAAGAAUGCAAAUGGCUGCCCACUGGUGUGGGGAUCAUGGGGGUGAUCUCACAAGAUUUUUAUUGAAGCGGCUUCAUGGAGUUGACUCAUGGAGGGGGAUAAUUUUUUGUAAUGUUGUUUAUUUCUUUUGACGAAAUCAAUAUAUCUAUGCACUGAAAAAAAAAAGAACAUGAUCAAAGGGGUAGAAGACAUAUGUAUUUGUUUGACCAAGAGAUCGAACAUGUUGAACUGUUGAUGAGUUGACUCAGCUUUGGUGUUCUAGGUGAUUGGCAGAAUUUCAGUUUGCUGACCAAGAGGAAAAAGUCUUUUAGAUUUGUGUUUCAGUAGUUCAUCAUGGUGAUUCAGCAACAUGAUGCAAUUAAGUUUUUUCCCCCUUAUUCCUUAGUUCUUAAUUAUCUUUGCUGUAAAUAACACCAAUUCCUUAGGAAUGGCCUAUGCAGUUGCUGUGGAGGACAUUCUCAUGCGGGAGGUGCUGUUAUGCUGUUGUUCUGAUCACAUCUGCUAUGCUACAAUAGUCGGCAGUUUGUGUUUUAAUCUUAGCUUGACUUGUUUCUAGCGUAGGCAUUCCACCUCUUCUUGUUGAGCUUCCCCAAGUCCUGACACUACCUGGUGACAAGCACUGGCAUUCGCCAUCAUGACUUGGAUCCGGUAUCAUCCUCUGGCCGGCCACCCUCUCCAUAACCUCAACCCUCAUCAGUGCUUGGUCACCAUGGACAGACUAUUCUCACUUUGCCAAGCUUCCAGAAUAGAAGCCAUGCCCUUCUCCUCGCAUCCUCAGCACACACAUACUUUGCUUUCCACUGCAGGACUCGGUCGAGGGCUCCAAUUUGAGUUAGUCUCUUUCGAGGGAGAGAGAGAUAUCUAAGUCAUGAGGUUCGCCAUUAUGUCCUUCCGUCUGGGGCUGCUAUCUGUUCGGAUUCAGGUUGCACUUUGGACUUCAAUUUCAGCGUAUAUGUGAAUCUAAUACUGGUAUUCCCUUUUCCUCUGCAGUGUGAAAGGUUGGAUAACUUUCUUUAGAUCUCCUUAUGUUUGAAGGGGAAAACAAUGUCGUGCGUUAAAAUUCACAAGGUGUGCUAGAAGGAAGAAAGUUAAACAAUGCAGUGUGACAACUCCAGCUUGAUGCAGUGCAUAAACAUUGAUUUGUAAUUUAUAUAAAGCAGAUCAAGCUAGAAUACUCUCCAACGGCAAAGACGGAUGAAGCUCAGGACUUGAGCUAUAUUCUCUUGCAAGGAAUAUGGAGAAGAAUCUGAAUUCAAGAGACAAGGGACUGCCAUUAGUUUGAUGGAAAUAAGGAGCGAAAGUUUGUUUUCAGUUGUAAUUUGAUCCCUCACUAGCACAAAAAUACUGAAGAUGCUUCCUUGGUAACUGGGACAAACUUUGGUUUCGGUAAACUCUCAAGAAAGGAUGUGUUAUUGAUGUCAAGAAUUGUAGACACCACAAUAUUUGAUCUGGUAAAUGUUUUACAAAUGUCAAA